UUAUCUUUCAACGAUACCGGCGCCUGAGAGUGCGUGUCGAGUUUCUUUUUAAUUGUUUUAAAAGCGAUUCGACUCAAAUUAUUACAAUAGUUUGCGUGUCCUCUUGUCCUUCGAUCCACUUGCAAAGUUUCGACGCCUCAAUUGUCUCAAAAUGAGAUGAAAACCGAGACAAACUCAGUGUUCUAUGCUACGUUAGUCGUGUCCGUAGUUGACGUUUGACCACAACACAGGUACAUAUUUAAUAAUCCGAGAUCACAAUACUGUGAACACGGAGUUAGAACUAACCCAACUCACGGGCUUCUGUUCUUCGCCAAACUCGUCUUCCACCUAACCCACUUCAUCUCUCCAUCAGUGGCGUAUAUGGUCCACUUUCUCUCUCUACCUCGUAGCCCACUUCACACAAAUGGCUGUGACUGAUUCAUCCGGAAAGAGCAAAUCGGUGGACAAUCUCAUGCCCAAGCCCAUGUCGAAACUGGGCGUGGUUUUGCUCGUUCUGGGCACCAACAUUUUCACCCUUCUCUUCUCUGGGCAAUUCAGCAACCUACACACCCUUACUUCUCAGUCCUCUGUCACCAUACCCCAGCAUACCCAAUUCUCUGCCCCUGUCACUGACCUCCUAGCGAAGCUCAACAGAACAGAAAAAGAGCUUGUUGAUCUGAAAUCCGAGCUGAAAUCCGACAGAGACCUCUCACAAAAACUCCUCGCCCGGGUCGCUCAACUGUACGAAUACCUGAAUACCACACUCGUGCAGGGAGCGGAAGGCAAUGGGGACAGGGAAACGGACCAGGACGACCCGUGGCUGCAAUGGGCAGGAGCCAAUCAUGGGUCUUUGCCAGCAGAGCUCCGGGCCUUCAUAGAUGCCGAAAAGCUUCCCCUGGGAUACAACCCCAAUAUUGGGUCCGACACCAUUUACCCGCCCAUCGGUCAUGCCUGUGCCCUCCUUAAAGAUGACUUGGCCAGAUAUAUGGACUACAAGCCCGGGACCCCCUGCCCUGAUGAUGAAGUUCUCGCACAGAAGCUCAUGCUCCGGGGCUGCGAGCCGCUCCCCCGCCGCCGCUGUUUACCCCGCAGCACCCCCAAUUACAAGGAACCCUUCCCGUUUCCCAAGUGUAUGUGGACCACUCCGCCCAAUUCCUCCGUCGUCUGGACUGCCUACACCUGCAAAGACUAUGCCUGCCUCAUCGACCGGAAAAACCAGCCGGGGUUCGACGACUGCAAGGACUGCUUCGACCUUCAACACAGGGAGAAGACCCGCUGGCUUCACCCCGGGGGCGACCUCGACUACUCCAUUGCUGAAGUUCUGGCCCUGAAAAAGGGCACAAUACGCAUCGGGCUCGACAUUGGCGGCGGAACGGCGACCUUUGCGGUCAGGAUGCGGGAGCGGAAUGUGACAAUCGUGACUACAUCGAUGAACUUUAAUGGCCCUUUCAACAAUUUCAUCGCUUCCAGAGGAUUCGUACCCCUCUACAUCACGGUCACCCAGCGGCUCCCCUUUUUCGACAACACCCUUGACAUUGUUCAUUCCAUGCAUGUUCUUAGUAACUGGAUUCCUACCCAGCUGCUGGAAUUCAUACUGUAUGAUAUUUACAGGAUCUUGAGGCCUGGAGGGGUUUUUUGGCUCGAUCAUUUCUUUUGCAUUGAGCAUCAGCUGGAUACCUAUGUGCCCAUGAUUGAAAAGCUUGGGUAUAAUAAGCUCAAGUGGUCUGUUGGGCGUAAGUUGGACAGAGGGGCUGAGUUGAAGGAAAUGUAUAUAUCGGCUCUCUUGGAGAAGCCUCUUAAGAGGCACUGAUAAUCAUUAGCAGGGCACUUCACAAUAAGUUUAGUUAGUGAUCUACUUAUAGAUCCAAUUUCACUGUAAGCUUACAAAACUUUGUUCUUUUGUUAACGAGUAGUUGUCAGAUCGAUUCAUAGUGAUGGAUAUGUUUUCUUCGGCUGUCUAAGUCGGCGAGUUUAUGGGUGUAGGAUUAAUGCACAUAUCAAUAUAUGGAACUUAAUUGUCCAAGUGAGUUUCCCGGGUUUGCUCUUUGUUGUGGGUGUUCUGUUUAAAUAAGACUGAAUGUAUUGACAAUCA